CUGCCGUCUGAGAAAUCGGCUAACCAGGAACAAUGACGAACGCAUCUGAAGAAGAACCGGAAGUAGAGAGGCCACGUCAGCGCCGGCCACGGCCGUAUCGGAAAGCACCGGAAGCAUCCCGGAGGCCGCGGUAACGCCGGAGGCAUGCACCACCACCGGAUCCUCUUCGACAAGUACCACCCCGGAUACUUCGGGAAAGUCGGGAUGAGGUAUUUCCACAAGCUCAAGAACCGGUUCCACUGCCCGAUCGUCAACAUCGAGCAGCUCUGGUCGCUCGUCCCGGAGGAGGUCAAAGGCAAGGCCACGAAGGACAGCGUUCCGAUGAUUGACGUCACUCAGAUCGGGUAUUUCAAGGUCUUGGGUAAGGGCGUGCUCCCCAGGGGUCAGCCGGUCGUGGUGAAGGCCAAGCUCGUGUCGAAAAUUGCAGAGAAGAAGAUCAAGGAGGCAGGAGGUGCUGUUGUUCUAACUGCUUAGUUUUACUUAUUUCUUCCUGCUCUUCAAUUUUUUUAGUUUUUCUAAUUUCAUCUUUCGCUCAAGUUUUGAACUCUCGAAUCCUCUUGGAGAGAUCUAUGCACUUGAAGAAUUGUUUUGUUACUAUUGCCUGGAUUUCGGAUAAUCAUAUCACUGCCAUUAAAUUAUAUAUUGGGUU